AAUAAAGUUGUUUCUAUUCGUCUGCUCGUAUCACUUACCCAGCCGUACUUGGUUGGUUGACUGCUAGAAGCUCCGCUCACGAUAACCAGGUCCCGAAAAUCCGGAUUGAGCCUUUAAUACGCCUCAUCAAGUUAUUGCCCAUCGGAGGACUAUGCCAGUUAGUCGGGGCUAGCUGUGCAAGAUAAUGCCACCAGUUGCUAUAAAUACAUGAGCAACACGUAGUCGGAAGCCCCAGUCCCAUUGCACAGAUCAGCUUUGACGGAAGACGUAAACGUAAUAGUCAAGAUGAAGGAGCUUUUCGCUAGAGAACGCAUCGUUACUGAAAAAUGCGUUCUGUUAAGCGUUUAUUUUGCUCUUUUGCUGGACAAUCUUUUACUUACGGCUGUCGUUCCGAUUCUGCCGCAUUUUGUACACCAAGAUCCCAUACAGGAAACUGACGGCAUUCUGGGCAACAGAAUCCAGUCCAGCAACGAAACACUGGCUAAAUCCAGCUUGUAUAAUCUGUUAAAGUCGUCUGCUCAGCAUUUUCACAUUGGCCGGGGCUAUCAGCCCGAAGUAGGCGAUAACAGUCGGCUUGGAUUCCUGCUUUCGCUAAAAGCAAUAGUACAGCUGGUUGCCAAUCCAUUAGUCGCCAUCGUCAUUCAGAGAAAAGGAUUUUCUUUACCUCUUCUUGUUGGCACCAUCAAUUUGAUCUUAUGCUCUUUGCUUUUUGCUUUCGGUCGAUCUUAUGAGGUCUUGUCAUCGGCACGGGCUCUGCAGGGCAUCACUUCCGCUUGCUUUACCAUUGCUGGUCUAGGGUUGGUGGCAUCCACUUACAACGAAGAGACUAAACGGAGUGAAGCAAUUGGCCGAGCCUUGGGUGGAGGAGCUGUCGGAGUCCUGCUCGGGUAUCCAAUCGCUGGAUUCUUGUACCACCUAACUGGAAAAACUGUUCCAUUCCUGCUAAUUACUUCUCUUUCCGUCAUGUUGCUAGUUGCAUUUUUGUUGGCGCUACGUUUCACUUUUUGCCAACAACAGUGGAAAGAAGAAGAGUCGAUCGAAGAAAACAUUUGCUUUUCCUCUGAUAAUUUUCCAAGAAGCCAAAAACCUGUUGCGCCUUGCUUUUCCCAAUAUGCUAAUCAACGCAAUUUGAUUCUGGGCGUCGUGAUUGGAGCCAUAUUCCUCACCACAUCGGUCAUGUCUCUGUUGGAACCUUGCUUGCCUCUUUGGCUCAUGAAGACAAUGAAACCUGAACGAUGGCAACUUGGGGCCGUGUUUAUUCCCGACAGUUGCGGUUAUCUGCUAACCACUCAUUUCCUGGGUGGUUUAGCGUAUCGUAUUGGCCGGUGGAAAGUAGCAAUGCUGUCUGUGAUAAUCUUGGGUAUCUCUUGCACUUUGGUACCUUUAGCUAGUUCCAUUAUUUACCUGACUGGUCCACAUUUUGGCAUUGGAAUCGGAAUAGGUGCAGUAGAUGCGUCGCUCGUACCUCUGUUGGCUACACUGGCCGAUAGACAUCCAAGUACAGACAUAACGGACGACUUGCCUACUGCUCCAUCGUACGGCAGAACUUUCGCUUUAGGUCAAACAGCCGUCAGCUUGGCCUAUUGCCUGGGUCCUAUUUUAGGCGGUGUCCUUGUAGAAUCCCUGGGAUUUCCUCGUCUUAUGCUUUGCAUUGGCGUCCUCAAUUUACUGUUUUCACCUCUUAUCUUAAUCCUUAAACCUGAAGAACCAUCAAAAGUAUCAGAGCUAACUGCCCUGAAAUUGUUCUCAGACAGCCAUAAAGGAUACAGUCGCUUUGAAAAUGAAGAAAUCGAGGAUGUAGAGGAGAAACGUUAAACUUUCAAUUUUUAUUACAAUUAGUCGUCAUUGAUUUGAACAUUAUAUUAAUACCGCGUAUUUUGUCCUUAUUUAUAAAUGGUUGUUUUUCGAAUGAUACACUGGAAUGUGA